UAUUCGGAUCAGUAGGCUACACACUCAAUGAGUUACCGACAAACAACAGAAAUAAAGAUAAAAGCUUUUUGAGAAAUCGAAAGAAUUUGAUUAAAAGUGGGCUUUGGUAUCUAAGCGCCUUUGAGCGCGCGCAUAUAUAGUAGGCAAGUGACUUUGGCUGUAGGGACAUGCAUCAGGCGCUCGCGCAUUCGUGGAUCAGACCUCACCAAGGACACAUCUGCGCAGAGAUUUCUUGGAUUUUUGUUUAGCAUCUCAAGCUUCCGCAAAUCUACUGCCAUCAAUAAUUUCUAGAAGUAAAUGAGCACGUUAUUUCCUCAUCGUGUAAUGGAGGAUCCUUAUUUCUCGUGUGCUUUGUUAUUUAGCCUACUUAAGUACAUGCCACAUUUCCUCCGAUAUACCUAAUGGACAAAAAUGAUUCAAAUGUUAGAAAUCUCGGUGAUUGGAAUGCUUCAAUAUAUUCUGAUUUGUACAACUCGAGACCGUUCGACUACCUGUAGGAUUGCAUCAAGCGCGUAAGGGAGGCGGUGAUGCCCAGGAGGUAAUGCGCAUUAGUAUAUUGUGACACAGUUCGUUUUUUUUUGUUUGUUUUUUUUUUUUUUUGCACUCGAACGGAGGUUUCUGUGUACAUCGUGUACAUUUAUACCCUGCAAUUAUAUAAGCUAAUGGAGUCACCGUAAUCUCAAGGAGAAACGACAACACGUUGUUUUUGAACAGGCGUUGGGAUGCUCUACGUUUAUCCUUCAAACCCAGUUGAAGAUGUACAGAACACGGGGCCAUUUCCAGCAAUAUACGCGUACCUGUACCAUACAAGCUCCGUCUGAAUGGCAAUACUUGAAUGUUUGAUUUCGUGAAAUCAUAUGGCAAUAGUUUUUGCACCUGAUGCAAAGCAAUCCGCAAUCGAUCGAAUGAAUGAUCGUUUCUGCAUGUGUGCAGAGUGACUAAUCGCACCUGGACCACAAUAAGACAGGAAGAAGAUGAAUCAGACACGCGUUUUGAUUGUUGGCUUUGAGCUUCCAGAAAGCGCUCUGUAGUAAAGUUGCAGUGGCCGAACUACAGGUGCUUUAUGAAGAUCAGGAUACAAACGUUGGUUUGCCUUCGCAGAAAUGCCAGUGCGUGCUGUGACUUCCAGGUUCAUGUACAGGGGACUUUGCUCUAUUCCAGAUAUCCUCUCCUACAGGGCUCCCGUCAGCCUCCCUGAGGAUGAAGUGGAGGAGAUCCGUGAAGCCUUUAAGGUGUUUGACCGAGAUGGGAAUGGAUUCAUCUCAAAACAGGAGCUGGGAGUGGCCAUGCGGUCUCUUGGUUACAUGCCAAACGAAGUGGAGCUGGAGGUGAUCAUUCAGAGACUGGACAUGGAUGGCGACGGUCAGGUUGACUUUGAAGAAUUCGUAGCACUUCUCGGACCAAAACUGUCUUCAGCUGGUAUGCCAGACAGGUUCCACGGAGCCGAGUUUGACUCCAUAUUCUGGAAGUGUGACAUGCAAAAGCUGACUGUGGAUGAGCUGAAGAGACUCCUGUAUGACACCUUCUGUGACCAUUUGACUAUGAAAGACAUCGAGAAUAUCAUCAUGACAGAGGAGAGUCAUUUAAACAGCCCCGAGUGCCAAGUAGAUAUUGACACAAGUCCCAUGCAACAAGUCAAGCACACCUGUGUGCGCAAGAGCUUGAUUUGUGCCUUCGCCAUUGCAUUUAUCAUCAGCGUCAUGCUCAUCGCAGCCAAUCAGAUGCUUCGAAGAGGAAUGAAAUGAAGAGUUCUGU